UGCUAGGACACGAUUUCAGGAAGGUAGCUGAAUUCUAAGAUGUCCUCUCCAAGGAGCAAAGAGGCACUUAAACAAGUCAGUCUGCAGCAGUGAAUGUUGUUCAGUGCCUCAAAUGUGCUAAUUCCCAAGUGAGUUCAGCUAUGCAAAUUUAAGUGGAACUCUCUUGGCAUAACCUGUGUAUUGUUCGCUCUCUGACCGGAUCUCCCUGUGGAAUUAAAAUCCGGUCUACACAAAUAUGCAGUGCUUGAAGUUCGUAAGUCAGCAAUUUAAAUUUGAAAUACAGUCUUUCACUGGGUUUCAGUUCCUAGUUAGUUUGUUUAUAUUUGCAUCAGUGUUUAGGGUACUAGUACAGACUUUCUGUAAACCAUAACAGGGAACUCUGCCAUUGAGGGUUUACAGUCCAGGGCAGAUUAUGGCUGCCUCUAAGUAUUUGUGAGAAUAAAGGACUUAAGGAUUUGAAAGGAUGUAAUUUCCUUCCCUGCUUACCAGGGUGUGACUUAAUUUUCCGUUCUCAAACAGAUUUUCCUGGAGGUAAGGUUAAGAGUAUGGAAGACUACAGGAAAGCUUAAAAUGUUUAAAUAGCAGAGCGGUUUAUUGAAAUGUUAAUGCAGAAUGGCUUUGGGGAGGGAUUCUGUUUUGCAAAUGGAAGCAGAGGUUUCCCUGCUGCCUGCAGCUCCUCUGAAAGCCGUGGAAUGUUGCCCUGAGCUCUUCCCAUUGGCCAGGGAUAUUUGUCCAGAUGUUUGGCUCUUCCAUAAAAGAUAGGCAUUGCUGGACCUGGUGUGCAGUUGAGAGGUGCUGUAGCAAAGAACGCAGGAAAAAAAUGACCAGACGUUUGUGUUUGGUUGUUUUACUUCUGUGCCUUGGAUUAAUGUACCCUCUUGUAAUUGGAAUUUUUAUGGACAAACUUGCCAGCAAGAAGCUGUGUGCCGAUGAUGACUGUGUCUACACCAUUUCCCUCGCCAGAGCAGAAGAGGAUUAUAAUGCUCCAGACUGCAGAUUCAUAAAUAUUAAAAAAGGGCAAUUGAUUUAUGUUUAUUCAAAACUAGUGAAAGAAAAAGAAUCUGGAGAAUUCUGGGCUGGAAGUGUUUAUGGAGAACAGUAUGAAGACCAUAUGGGGACAGUUGGUUAUUUCCCUAGCAGUUUAGUCUCGGAACAACAUGUCUAUCAAGAAGCAAAUAAGACCGUUCCUACAACGGACAUUGAUUUCUUCUGUGAAUAGUGCUGAAAGUGGUUAGAUGAUCUCUAGGCUGCUACUCAGAAAAGAUGACAGAAACUAACCUGGACACCCUCACUGAUCAUAAAGAAUCCUUUUUUAUGGAUGUUUGUAAAACAUGUAGUCGUUCUUUUAAAUGCAAAAAUUGAUUUGAAGGAGUGAAUUUUAAAGGAUGGGUGGGGAUAGUUGAAAAAUUUAGAUGUAAACCAUAUGUGAUUUAUUUAGAAGUUUUUUCUACCUGCAUAUACUUUGUUAUUGUCAAUAAAGUUAAUAUUAAUAGCCUUUGGAGUUCUGUAAGUCUGAGUGGUAUAGAUAUGCUAUGUACAAGCUGGAGCUGCACUCUU